AUGACAUCCUCAACAACACCUAUACAACAACAACAACAAACAAACACCCAAUUAUCAGGUUCGGAUAAUGGUAUUCCUAUAGACGAUAAUGAUACAAAAGAUUUAUUUGUUCAAGAGUAUGAAAUUGUAGUUAGUAAAACUCAUGAAAUAUCAACAGUUCAAUAUUUUUGCAAUAAGGCAGGUGAUCCAAUUUAUUUCCCAGAUAGAACUUUAGCUACAUUAUUUCAAGUUAAUCUUUCAACACUUCGUGGUAGAUUUAAUCGUCUCACUAAAAAACAUGAAGGUUAUCGUCUUUUAAUCAAUGAAAAAUCAAAAGCAAGAUUAAGUUCAUUACAUUUUAUCAAUUGGGCAACUACUCAAUAUAAUACAGAAAAUCAAAGUACACCUUCAUCCAUAAAUUCUUCAAGUGAUUCAAUACCAUCUUCACCAAAUAGUAAUUCUUUUAGUGGUAAUAAUAAUAACAAUAAUAAUAAUAAUAAUAAUAAUAAUAAUAAUAAUAAUAAUAAUAAUAAUAAUAAUAAUAAUAAUAAUAAUAGUACCAGUGUUAGUAUUGGUAACAUCAAUAUUCAUAGUAGUAGUAAUAAUGGUUUAAAUAAUAGUGGUUCAAAUAAUAGUAAUAGUGCUAAUAGUGGUGUAUCACCUUUACAUGGUUUGGUUGCAUUAAAUCAUAUUGACUUGGUCAAUAUUGCAUUAUCAGAAUGGAUCGCUCAUAACCAUGAAAGAUUAGGAACUUCUCUUAGAGAUAUUGAGAAUAACUUAAUGGCUGCAAACUUGUCAUUCACCAGAAAUAUGGACACAAUUUUUAUUUUACAAAAGAAAUCAAAUAAAUCUUCACCAAAGCCACCAAGUUUCUAUACCACCCAACCUAAUCAUUAUCACCAUCAUCUAGCAAAUAAUAACCAACAACCACAACAACCUCCAUCACCAUCAAAUAAACAACAAUAUGGUAAUCAACAACAACAAAGACAACCACCUUAUAUCCCACAAAAUCAACAACAAAAUCAACAAUAUAUGAUGCAACAAAGACAAUCAUCUUAUAUGCAACAAAAUCAACAAUACAUAAUACAACAACAACAAAAUCAACAACCAUAUAUAAUGCAACAACAAUAUCACAAUCAAUAUCAUAAUAAUCAAAGCCCUCCAUCAUCACCUCUCUCCUAUCCACAACAUUAUUCACCAAAUCAUUAUAAUAAUGCUGUUUAUAACAAUCACAGUAAUCAAAUGGGUGAGCAUAGAUAUGGUUCACAGCAAUCCCAACAAUAUCAACAUGUUGCCCACUCAGCCCCAAUUCAUCAUAAUCACCAUGGUGGAUCAGCUCAUCAUCAUCAUAGUCAACAACCGCCAUCACCACAAAACCAUUACCAACAACCAUCACAAUUCCACCCACCACAAUCACCAUCACACCAUCAUCAUCAACAACAACAACAACUUAAGUACCCAACAAGCCAUCGUGAAGAAAUGAACUCAUACUCCAUGAGCAAGUUAUCACCAAGAAUGUUGGCUUCUAAAGCCUCAUAUCAAUCAUCAUCUUCUAUAAGCCCAAGAGAGGGACUAUAUCUUUCAAUUUCAAAAGAUAGCCCAGCCGCUUGUAGUAGUUCUCAAACUUCACCAACUUCAUCUCCAUCAUAUCAAGAGGUUGAAGAAGAAAUCAUUAGAAAUCUUUCAAAGGUUUCCAAAAAGAGAAAUAGUGAGGAUAGUUCUUCUUGUUGCGAUGAUCAACAUCCCGAUAGUGAUUCUUCAAGCUCAUCACCUUACUCAUUUGGCUUCAAUUCAAUCAAGAAGCAUAGAUUUGAUAACUUCUCACUUACACCAAACUCAUCCGAUAAUGAAGGUAGUAGCAGCCAUCACAACGCCAAGAAAUCAAAUCACCACUUCAAUCUUAUUAUCAAUAAUAAUGAAAACAAUAGCGGCAGCAGCAGCAACAACAACAACGGUGUUAAUUUUGUUUUCAACAACAAUAAUAAUAAGAAAACCAUUGAUCCAAUUCAAUGUAGAGCCUAUAAUGAAGAGUCCUAUCAACAAAAGAAUGAUGGCUUAACUCUCAAACCAAUUACUUGUGUUACCCCAGAUAUUAAAAAUCUUUUAUGUUAA